AUGCGUUGGGUCGAAUUUGAGGUCAAGCUUGUCCCUGCAAGACGAGAGCUGCGCUGUCUCAGCGGUGUUGUGUGUGUCGUCGGUGCAAGGCGAAAGUGGAUUGAAAGACCCGCUCGUCAUCGCCACGAGAGGGAUGGGAACGACAUGCGUCUGCGAGCCCGCAGCUUGAGCAUUGCAUCAUUUGCGGAAGGGCCCCUUCUGCUUUCACAGGCCCCUGAUGCCCAGAAUAAGUUCCUCGCCUUUGAUGUUUUUGAGCCCCACUCCCUGACACAAGCAGUGCACGCCCUGAACAAUGAAGGCGCCCAACUCCCUUACGCCGUUGAUGUUUCGCCAUCAAUUCGUGUCUACCAGCCAGGGUCAAAGUCACAAGUCUCGACCACAUCACCAUAUCCCCUUUUUUCACUAUGA